UUUGAGAAACAAGUUGUCAUAAUUAUUGCAAGUUUGUAGAUAUGGGAGCGGAUGUUUCAAAAGAUUCCACUCCUGAAAAUGUAGGAAAGAAGGAAGGUGAAAAGGAACACCAUCAUAUUCUUCCCCAUCACAUUCACGUUCCGCAUGUUUUCCACAAGUCAUCCGAAGAAAGAGAACAAGAACACAGAGAAAAGAACUUAAAAGUACAACCGAGGACUGCAAAUACUCCUUCACGAGUGGAGCAGCGGCACUCUUCAGGAGAGGAAAGAAAUUCACGUGAUAAUCGAGAGUCCCCAAAAGCUCAAUCCGACCAACUACAUGAUGUUAACAAAGGACAAGCAGAAACAGUUGCCAAAGAAAUACGUACGAGCUUGGAACAACAAAGAAGUAAGUCACAAAUUCAGUCGAAGGAUGCAGUGGCGGCCACGUUGGAACCAGAAGAUGUGCGUUUAUCAGCUUCGAUGCCUGCAGAUCCCUCAGAACAAGGACCUCAGUCACCCUCCUUAUCUGCUCGUAACGAAAGCUUAUCGAAUAAUUGGCUAAUUGAUUAUAAAGCGUUAAGAAUUGGCGAACCUAUUGGAAAAGGUUCUUUUGGUACAGUAAGUGAAGGUCGAUAUCAUGGAACCCGAGUUGCUGUGAAAACCAUCAGAAGAGGAGAUCAAGUGGGAGAUGCUUUAGCUUCUGAGGAGUCUAUUGAACAGUUUAAGAAAGAAGCCGAAUUGAAUUGCAAGUUGAGACAUCCAAAUAUUGUACUUUUUAUGGGUAUUUGUGUGGAACCAUCAUUUGUUUGUAUUGUAACGGAGUUUAUGGAACGCGGUACCGUUCGAGACUUGUUGUUAUCCAAAAGUCGUUUGGAGUGGAACAUUCGAUUGAAUUGGGCGUUGGAUACUGCCACAGGAAUGGCUUAUUUACAUUCAUUAGAGCCUUGUAUUAUUCAUCGAGAUUUGAAAACGACCAAUCUUCUUGUUGACCGAGGCUUCAAUGUAAAGAUAUGUGAUUUUGGUCUUUCAAGGUUCAUGUCGAAAGAUUCUGUGAUGAGUGCUGUAGGCACUGUGCAAUUUGCUGCACCUGAGGUGUUAAAGCAUGAGCGCUAUACAGAGAAAGCCGAUGUUUUUUCCUUUGGUACGGUACUUUGGGAACUUUGUAGUCGUGAAAGAGUCUUUAGAGGAGUUCCCCAAAUAGAUGUUUAUAAAAGAGUGGUUGCUGGGAGGAUGCCUGAAAUACCUCCAGAAUGUGAUCCCAGAUAUCGAGCUAUGAUUGAGAUGUGUUGGGAUAUGAGUCCCGAAUGUCGUCCAUCUUUUGAAGAUUUGGUGGAAAUGUUGAGUGACUUGUUGACCGAAGAACGUAGUUUAGGAAGAGAUAUUCUCGCCAGUUUAUCUGUAUCCAGAAAACCACCAUUGAAGGAUGAAAAAGGUCUUCGAAGUGGCAGUCGGUUGACGAGAAGUAAAGCUAUGCCAGUUAUUGCAACAAAUCCUUUAGAACGUAUAGCAGAAACUCCUGAUAGUGGAUUGUCACCCAUGACUGAAAAGGAUAUGACCAAAGAACGAAAUGGUUAAGGAGCUAUUUAUUGGAUGGUCAUUGGAUGAUUGCGGAAUUGGUUGAAAAUCAUCAUAUAAGAAUAUAUACAUAUAUAUAUAUAUA